CGACUGAGGUAGGCUUCUGCAGCCUAUUGUUUCAGACAACAGAUAUAAGUUGCGAUGGAAGAGGAACGUCGGAUUUGGUGUCUGUCCCCCAUUUCCAAUUAUAGAUGGAUCAUUACAGACAGAGAAGUACUGAGAAUCCAGACAUCUGCUCUUCACAUGAAUGCACUCACCUCCUAGAGAACAGCCUGCCAUCAUGCUCUGGAAACUGGUUGAAAAUGUCAAGUAUGAAGAUAUCUAUGAGAUGUUAGUCCACACCUAUUCCGCCAUGGACCGGCAUGAUGGAGUGCCCAGCCACAGUUCCAGGCUGUCCCAGCUGGGAUCCGUCUCGCAGGGACCCUACUCCAGCGCUCCUCCGCUCUCUCACACCCCGUCCUCGGAUUUCCAGCCGCCUUAUUUCCCACCCCCCUACCAGCCUCUUCCUUACCACCAAAGCCAGGACCCUUACUCCCAUGUCAAUGACCCCUACUCCCUAAACCCCCUGCACCAGCCCCAGCAGCACCUGGGACAGAGGCAGAGGCAAGAGGUGGGAUCAGAAACCGGGUCACUGCUGCCACAGCCUCGGGCCGCCCUGCCCCAGCUCUCGGGACUGGACCCCAGGCGGGACUACCACUCAGUACGGAGGCCAGAUGUCCUCCUGCACUCAGCUCACCAUGGCCUUGACUCCGGCAUGGGGGACAGCCUUUCUCUGCACGGCAUCGGGCACCCAGGGAUGGAGGAGGUCCAGUCAGUUGAAGAUGCCAAUAACAGCGGUAUGAACUUAUUGGACCAGUCUGUCAUUAAAAAAGAAAGGCGCUGUCCGUUGUACAAAAGGCAUCGGGGGGCUCUGGGUGAGACACAGGCUCAAACCCGAAAGUUGCCAGUUCCGGUUCCUCCAAAAUCUGUUACUUCUUUGAUGAUGAAUAAAGAUGGCUUCCUGGGUGGAAUUUCAGUCAACACCGGAGAGGUUUGCUCUGUACCUGGCCGCUUGUCUUUGCUUAGCUCAACUUCCAAGUAUAAAGUAACAGUGGGAGAAGUUCAGAGACGCCUGUCCCCUCCAGAGUGUCUGAACGCGUCCCUCCUAGGAGGAGUACUUAGAAGAGCCAAAUCGAAAAACGGGGGGAGAUCUUUGCGAGAAAGGCUAGAAAAAAUCGGUUUGAAUUUACCAGCCGGCAGGCGUAAGGCCGCAAAUGUCACUUUACUCACCUCCCUGGUGGAAGGUAAGGCCGUUCAUUUAGCUCGGGAUUUUGGGUACAUCUGCGAAACGGAGUUCCCAGCCAAAGCUGUUUCUGAGUACCUGAACAGACAGCACACGGAUCCCAGCGACCUCCACUCCAGGAAAAACAUGCUGCUUGCUACAAAGCAACUUUGUAAAGAAUUUACAGAUCUCCUGGCCCAGGACAGGACGCCCAUUGGAAACAGCCGGCCCACCCCAAUUUUGGAACCGGGCAUUCAGAGCUGCUUGACUCACUUCAGCCUCAUCACUCACGGCUUUGGGGCCCCUGCUAUCUGCGCUGCCCUCACUGCCCUCCAAAACUACCUGACUGAAGCUCUCAAAGGCAUGGACAAGAUGUUCUUGAACAACAACACUGCUAACAGGCACACAUCUGGCGAAGGACCAGGUAGUAAAACUGGAGACAAGGAAGAGAAACACAGAAAAUGAGAGAGAGAGAGACAGAGAGAGAGAGAGGAAAAAAAAAAAAUUAGGAUGAAAGAAAG